AUGUUGAUGAUAUUUCGUUGUAGUGAUGCACAUUUAAGUCAAGAAGAUUUGAGUGAGGAUACAGAAGAUGGUUAUGAAUAUGAAGAUGAAGAUGAAACUGGAAAGGAUAUAUGGUUAAGUGAUAUAUUCUACAGGUUAACAUUUCAUCAUAUCGAACUGGACUGUUCCUGUUGCAAAACAUCAAUCCAUUGUCACUAUUCUACUACUACUACUACUUCUACUACUACUACUACUACUACUACUACUACUACUACUACUACUACUACUACUACUACUACUACUACUACUACUACUACUACUACUACUACUACCAAUACUACCAAUACUACUACUAGUACUACUACUACUACUACUACUACUACUACUACUACUACUACUACUACUACUACUACUACUACUACCAAUACUACCAAUACUACUACUAGUACUGUGGUGCGAGCUACUUAUAAGUAG